ACCCGUACCCGACGACCUCGCUAUUUGGGGUACAGCUAUCGCCAAGCUGGAAUUUUCGCUGCUCCCUGCUUCUCCCCCCCACUUAACCCUCUCUAGUACAAUCACCGCUCCCACCUUCAACUUUAUCAACGUCUCCAUCACCUCAAACAUCUCCUAUACUUGAUUCCCCCGUACUCUCCUCCGCCGUAAAGGGAGAAGAAAAAAAAAAAAGGGAGAGGGAGAGAAGGAAAGGAAAGAAAGAGAGCAACCGGAAAGGCUUUCGGCAGCAGAAACAACACGUCACGACAGGCGGUUGAUACUCCCCCGCCCCCCCCAAAAAAAAGGUCACAGAGAGGAAACAAUGAACGGCGACGUCGGGGUCAAAAAAGCCGCAAUGAAUAAGGUGAAGCAGGUUGCGAACGCGGCCACCGGAGGCGGCGCUAUUGCGAACGGUAACAAGAAGAGGAGAAAGGGUCAGGAUCUGAAGCCCAUCAUCACCGGGGAGCAACAGAAUGGUGGUUCGCCGCCCCUACCUCCGACCGUUGCGGGUAACAAGCAGAGGUAUUUACUUCUCCCUUGAUUCCCCCCUCUUCAAACCUCGCUUUAGCGGGGACCUGUUUUGCGCUUUACCCCCUCAUUCUCCACCUCCCCCUCUUCCUCCGCCCCUUUUGUGUUGAACCGGUGUCCUUGACGGUGCCUCUUGCAUCGCUCAUCUCUCCGAUUUUUCUCCCCCCCCCCCCCUCCUCACCCGUACCUUGCUGACGAGCGUGCUUGAGUGUGUACUGUAGCGAUGUAAACACACAAUCUCCAUUAUCGCAUCAAAAGUCAACAUCGAUCGUUGCUAUUACCACUACCCCACCCAACGACACACCUACCUCUGCAACGUCUGCAAACUCUAGGGUCUCCUCGUCAUCGCGGACGGGUGAGGAGGAGGAAGGGAAUACAGCUGACGAGGAGGAUUACGAGGAUUAUUGUAAGGGAGGAUAUCAUCCCGUGACGGUUGGUGAAAAUUUUAAGGACGGCAGGUAUGAAGUGCUUCGGAAACUGGGGUGGGGUCAUUUCUCCACCGUCUGGCUAUCGAGGGACAACCAGACUGGCCAACACGUAGCCCUCAAGGUUGUCCGGAGCGCUUCCCAUUACACGGAGACCGCCUUGGACGAGAUCAAGUUGCUGCAACGGAUAGUUGCUGCGAAGCCGACGCACCCUGGUAAAGCCCAUGUUGUAUCCCUGCUGGAUUCCUUUGAGCAUAAGGGGCCCAAUGGCAACCAUGUUUGCAUGGUGUUUGAGGUGCUCGGGGAGAACCUGUUGGGAUUGAUCAAGCGGUAUAACCAUCGCGGAAUUCCCAUGGGCCUCGUCAAGCAGAUCACGAAGCAGGUUUUGCUGGGCCUUGACUACCUCCACCGAGAAUGUGGCAUCAUCCACACGGAUCUGAAACCGGAGAAUGUUCUGAUCGAGAUUGGGGACGUCGAGCAGAUUGUGCGGACAUAUGUCAGCGAGGAGACCAAGAAGAAUGGCAGCUUGGCCCCCGGAGACAAGGGUGAUAGGAACGGAAGGCGCAGGAGAAGGACCUUGAUCACUGGGAGCCAGCCAUUACCCAGCCCGAUCAGCGCUAGCUUUGCGCAUAGACACGAUGACUUGCCGAGCGCGGGUGGCUUCAAGAAUAGCCAUAGUUCACUGAGCAGGUUAAUGGCCAGCGCCGCAACCGAUUCUAAUGGGAAUUCGGAGGCGUCAUUUAAUGGCGGGGGCGACAGGGACGAUCAGUCGUACAAGGUUCGGGAGAAAACAGCGUAAGGAUCCAGCGCCACCAAUGAACUUGUUAUCGUGGUGCUAACGUGCGAUCCAUAGGGAUGUUAUAACUAGGGAGGUAUCUGGGAUCUCGCUCGAUAAGGCCGGGUCGGAUUCCGAUAUGGUUCCGGGACUCGAGACCAUCUCUGUCAAGAUUGCGGAUCUCGGAAAUGCCUGCUGGGUAAACCAUCACUUCACCAACGAUAUCCAGACUAGACAAUACAGAUCUCCGGAAGUCAUCCUGGGCGCUAAAUGGGGGGCUAGUACGGAUAUUUGGAGCAUGGCCUGCAUGGUAAAGCAUUCCGAGCCCUGACCCCAGCCACUACAACUAAUGGGUUGACUAGGUCUUUGAACUCAUCACUGGUGACUACCUGUUCGACCCUCAAUCAGGCACCAAGUACGGCAAGGACGAUGACCAUAUCGCCCAGAUCAUCGAGCUUCUCGGUAGCUUUCCCCGCCACCUGUGCAUGACGGGCAAGUGGUCAAUGGAAAUAUUCAACCGCAAAGGCGAGCUUCGAAACAUCCACCGUCUCCGCCACUGGGCUCUCCCCGACGUCUUACGGGAGAAGUACCACUUUUCACGUGAGGACUCUGAGCAGAUCUCCGAGCUCCUGAUACCGAUGCUAGAGCUGAACCCGGAGAAGCGUGCGAAUGCCGGUGGGAUGAGCAAUCACGGCUUCAUCAAGGAAGCUGUAAGCAUGGAGGAUAAAAACGUGGACGUCGCCGUGGGAAGUAGAGGUGGAAUCGAUGGUUGGGCAUGCGAGGUUAAGAAGAGAUAGACAAAGACGAAAGGGAGGCUUUCUUUAAUUCUUUUCCGCUUCUCCUAUUGCUUUCCCAAAUUUCCUAGCUUCAUCAUCUUUUUCUUUUUAUUUUUCUAUUAAACUGGACGUAUUAUUCUAUAAGGGGUCAUUCUUUACUUUUUGCUCUCUUUUUUUUUCUUUCUUUUUUUCUUUUUCUUUUGCCUUUCUCCUAUUCCUAUCUUUUCUUUUUCUUUUUCACCUUUAAUGUGGAAACGAUAGUUGAGGGAGUGGGACACAGUGAAGCAGGUAGAGUAGAGACGGGGAUGCGGUAUGUGAGAUAGCCAGCCGAUAGCAAACUAUGAUGUGAUGGUAUCAUGGCAUACCAGCGCUCAGGAAGCAAGCAAGAAAGGAAAUCAUGGGAGGCGCGGGGAGGGAACAGAUAUCAUACAUUACGUACUAUACUGUACAGUACGCCAUCCUAGAGACUUUAUAAACGUACCAUACCACAUCG